AAGGAUCAGUGGUACCAAAUUCUAACAAUGAGCCAGGGAGACUUCAAAACCUGUAUAUUAGGUAUACUAGUCACGUUUCAAUAAUAUCUUCACAGUUCUUGGCACCCCUGUACCAGGAGACAGAAAAACAAAACUACAUUCUCUUUCAUAAAGCCUGCAAAAAAACAGCUCUAUCAAGAUGGAUAAGUUCCGUAUGAUGUUCCAGUUCCUUCAGUCCAACCAGGAGUCCUUCAUGAAUGGGAUCUGCGGUAUCAUGGCGUUGGCCAGUGCCCAGCUGUACUCUGCCUUUGAGUUCAGCUGUCCCUGCAUUCCUGAAUACAACUACGCGUACGGCAUUGGACUCCUGGUUGUGCCACCCAUUUGGUUCUUCCUCCUGGGGUUCGUAUUGAACAACAACAUAUCCAUACUAGCCGAGGAAUGGAAAAGGCCAACGGGGAAACGGCAAAAGGACCCCACCAUCCUCCGCUACAUGUUCGUUUCCAUCACGCAGCGCUCCUUGAUUGCGCCUGCGGUGUGGAUAGCUGUGACGCUGAUGGACGGUAAGAGCUUCCUGUGUGCGUUUAGUGUCGACUUGGACAUCUACCAGUAUGGGAACGCCACCCUCAUCCAGGACAUGUCAGAGGUGGAGCGAAUCAAACUGUUAGCCAAGAUCCCGUGCAAGAAUAUUUUUGACCAGCCUGAGGUGAUAUCGAGAGAAGCUGCUGCUCGAUACAUUAAAUGCAUCUCACAGGGAUUCGGCUGGGUCUUCCUGCUGUUGAUGACUUUAGUGGCCUUCAUGAUCAGAGCCAUACGGCCUUGCUUCACCCAGGCGGCCUUUCUCAAAACCAAGUACUGGUCGCACUACAUCGACAUAGAGCGGAAGAUGUUUGACGAUACCUGCAAGGAGCACGCCAAGAGCUUCGCCAAGGUUUGCAUCCACCAGUACUUCGAGAGCAUCAGCGGAGAAAUGCGCAGCUUCCAUCGCCAUGGCUCCAGGAAGGACGACAGCGACGACGAAGACGACGAGAAGAAGAAGAGUGACGAGGACAAACUUUUGGGGAUUCGCGCUCAGGAGGAUAUGAAUAAAGUGUUGUGGAACUGGCACACAUGUAAACCGCCUCUUGCCCUGAGAAAGGAGCAACCCGACGGCCAAGACAGUGAUAGACUUCAGGAAGAGGCCAGUAGGAGGCCUAAUGGUCAUGCCAAUGGACACACCCAUGAGAUGGCAAAGAAGGAGUGGGCGGUGUACUACAGCAAGGUUUGAACAUUUCAGUAGUAAACAACACU